ACUAGGACUGCAGCACAACUGUAGGAGCCAGGCUUUCUUUAUACAGGAGCAGCCUCCCUUGCUUGGGGUGAGCAGCCAUGGGGUCACCUGUAAGAAAUAAAGAAGGAGGGGGAGUCAGUCAGAAAUCAUGGGUACAACUUGGUUCACCAGUAUUUUGGGUAAUAUCAAAGGUUGUGGUAUACGUAUAAUGUCCAAUGUGGCGGAAGAAAGGGACAGAAGGAAAUCGAUUGCUAGUCGUCAUCAUAUGAGGGACGUACAGCACAAAAUAGACUCAGAGUAUCAGGCUGAUCUGCGCCGGCAGGAAAGGCAUCGAGAGCAGGCUGAGCAAGCAAGGCUGAAGCAAACCAUGUGUGCUCACACUCACCAUCCCGUCUCCUCCAUAUACUCCACUCGCAGUUAUAAGAAGCCAUGGCAGUCGGGAAUGACCUCGAAGGUGACCGAUGGGAGAUCAGUACAGGGUGGACAAGACAGAAAGCUGCCAGACCGAAAAGCUCUGUCCAAACUUCCCGCUAUCAACAAGGAGAAAAAGAACGCGAGGAAUAUACAGCCAAAGACCGUAAUGCAAAAGGAGAGACUGCAAAGACCCCAACUUCUUCCACGGCUGAGUACAACAGAAAGAAGAGGAGAAGCACACAUAAAAGUUGGAAAGCCGUCCACAGAUCAGAGGCAGACGUGCGCCCUUUCCAGAUUUGAUCCACCAGGAGAUGCUGGGAAAUUAAAGACAAAAAAGGGAAAUCUGAAAACAAACAGAAGACGAUUUAGUUUAAACCCAAAGAGCUAUGGAAGUACAGAUAGAGCUUUAAGCACCAUUGGACACAGAGAACAUACAUCACUCCAAGCGAACGCCCCUUCUAUCCAUGGCUUAGGAGCAAGACCUCAGGUGGAAUCAAGUAGAGGAACUACUAUCACAUCGACUAGGUUUACCGUUGUUUCUUCUGAUAGACUGCAAGGACUCGCUGAACAGAAUCCAGACGGAAACGAGGAAACGAUAAUGCAGGAUAAUGUAAAUAGAGAGAACCUGCCAUCUGUCCCAGAAGUGCCUCCAGUUCAUUUAGAAAGGAAUGUCAGGUCUAGAAGGGCCCAGAUGAGUAACAGAUCAGAUGAAAAUAAUGAAGAAAUGAGAAGAGAAAGAUCCUUAGAUGUAUAUGUAUGGUCAGCCUAUUACCAUCUUAGGAAUUCCCAUCUUCAAGACUCAGAGGUGGACACCACCAUUGCGAGUGAGGACGAGAGCCAGAUUAGUGAUCACUCUCUGAAUAGCAUGGUCAGUAACAGCUUGUACUCCAUGAGGUCUAGCAGGGGAGGGACGCCACUUAGCAGCAGGUUAAGACGUAAUGUUAUUUCAGGCCGAACAUCUCCUGAAGGAACGCAGGACAUUAUUCGUAAUACAUCAGGAGUGAAUGAUCUGCCCCAAAGUGACUCUCUAUCUACAUCUCUGGACUUGUUGGAAGAAGAAGAAUGGCCAAAUGUCAAUAUAAUAGAGGUUCAAGAUCUAGAAGGUAUCAGGGAGCCUUUCCCACCGGAACCAGAAAGGUUAAGUCUUGUUAUACCAGCAGAUGCAAAUAUCAUGGAUCAUGGCCCACACCAUUCAACCUCUAGAUCUUCUGCUGAAGGCAGAGAACAGUCCUUACCCCGUAAUGACCCAUUUCUUAUUCUGCCCUUCCUUGGGCUUACUCCCACACCUACAGCACCCAGCAUACAAGCCCUGCGGGAAAACCUUGACUUAAUAGCCUCAACCCUACCCACCAUAAGACAUCGUAGAAGAAUUGUUGGACGAGCCACAGAAGAGACAAAAGUAGCCAAAAGACCAAAGGCUGACCCUGAGAGGCUCAGGAAGAUAAAGGAGAGCCUCCUGCAGGAAGACUCCGAGGAGGACGGAGACAGUUGCCGCAUUUGCCUCACCAGAGGGGACACCACAGAAAACCAGCUGAUAUCACCCUGCCAGUGCACCGGGAGCUUGCAAUUAGUACACCAGGAAUGUCUAAAAAGAUGGCUGAUCUCCAAGAUCCAAUCAGGUGCUGAGCUGGAUGCCGUGAAAACCUGUGAGAUGUGCAGACAGAACGUAGAUCCAGGCAUUGAGGGCUUUGAUAUCCAUGAGCAGUACAGACAACAUCACAGAUCAGAGCGGAGCUCAAUGAACCCCAGUUUGUACCUGUUGCUCCUACUCCAUCUCUAUGAGCAGAGGUAUGAGGAACUGCUGCGACUGACUCACACACAAAACCAAGUGUCAGAGAUCUCAAGACGUCUGUCCGACCUCAGGACAGGAAGGAUGGACGACUCAAGUGACUCUACAGAGAACUCUUAAUUUUCCGUCCCAAAUGGAGAGUGUGGGCAUGAACAUUCUGCAUCGGAGCCAUGGCUUCUCCCCUAAGGUCACUUGCCCCCACAAAUGGUCUCAAACUCCUGUCUACCAAGAUGGCCAAGUUCCACCAGCCUUAACAGGUCUAUUGUGUAAUAAAUAGAUACACAUGGCAUCCCUAUGGGAACUGUAAUACUGUCCUAUUCAAUUGCAAAUAAUAAAUCUCUAUCUCUAUACUGUAUCUUAACAUUUAAAUAGCAAUGAUUCUCAGCAGUGUUUAGGGCUGUUUGAUCUAAUGCAACCAGGGAUGUUUUAAAGGGGUAGUUAAAUUAUUUAUUAACUUUUUUGUUUCGUUUGGAACUUCAGCAAUCUGGUUGCUAGGGCCCAAUCUACCCUAGCAAUGAUGGUGGUCUGUGAAGGUGAGGAACCACCUUAAAUGUAUGACACUGGGUGAACUUAGGGUAGUCCAGUGCACAAAAGAUAUAUAGAUCUCACAUCUGGGUGCUAGGAGGUUGAUCUCCCAGGUAUUACAGUAUAUUUGAUUCAUAGAUGAAAAAUUUGGAUUAGUGUCACUUUAGCAACAGGACUUCUUUCUGGAACUCUAGUGCCAUCUUGUGGGUAAUAUUGGAAUGAUUUUAGGUGCAAAAGGCAGACCCGAGGAGCUUCCCAAGCAGCUGAUCAGCAAGGAGGGCAGUAACUGACCCCCCAUAUCUGUACUUCCCAGUGAUAAGACUGAGGGAUCAGGAAACCGAAAGAGCAGAGAUUAUCAGUGAGCCCAGUAGAAUCGUAUGCAUCUCAGUUCCACUGAUUAUACUGCAGUGCAGGCUGGGAAAUGAUUGCAAUCUGUUUUCAUUUUUAUUAUUUGUGGUUUUUGAGUUAUUUAGCCUUUUUA